CACUUGAGUAAUAGACAACUCCAUUUACAGAUGUUUCUUACAAUUGUUAUGGUUAGCGCACUGGUGAAAGUUGCUAUAAUGAGCGAACUGUCCGCACAAGCAGCUCGUCCUCGUCCUUCAAGGGCGGCCACUAGUCCACUGCCGUUCGCGGAGCAAAUCGGUCCUCCUUCGUUACGAGCGAGGCGAGCAAUUACACCAACUCCAACAGGUCGAUUUCUUAUUAAAAAAGGUUGUUUUAUUUGUUUCUGA